AUGGCUCUGUCUGGACGUCAUUUGCGACUGGCCAGUGACUUCUGGAGUCCCUGGGUCAACUUCCAGUACGGGAAUAAUGGGUCACUGAGUAUGUCAGGAAUUGCUGUGGACAUCUUCGCUACCAUCGCUCGCCAGUUAAAUUUCACGUACGUCGUAAAAGUGCCACAGGACGGCGAAUGGGGGCGCGGAUUACCCAACGGGUCAUUUACCGGUCUGAUAGGACUAUGCCAGCGGAAUGAAGCCGACGUGGCCCUCGGACCCUUUGCCAUGUCAUGGGACCGUUACCAAGCAGUGGACUUCUCGACCACAAUCCAUUUCGACCAGUACGGAAUCCUGGUGCCCCGUCCCAAGAGGGAAGUGGAUCUGUCCGGGGUAACGAAGCCUCUUUCUUGGCAGGUAUGGGCAGCUUUAGCAGUUACGAUCUGCAUCAGCAUUGCUGUUGGCCUACUGAUGAAUGCCUUCAUCAAAUACACAUCGAACGCCAAGCGUAAUCCUGACGAGCAGCCGGCGGUCGACGAAAUCCAGAGCUCUUGGAUCACCAAAGUGAUGCUGACGGAAACCGUGGUUCCCGAGCCACUCGCAGCUCCAGGUCGUGUAUACUUACUCUCCUGGCUGUUCGCUGGUUUCAUCAUUCAAGCGGCUUACAGCGGAGUCUUGAUCUCGUUGCUGACGGUUCCCAAAAUGAACAUUCCGGUGAAUUCUUUGCAGGAUCUGCUCUCCCACGGGAAGAUUCCCUGGCUCAUCGAGCUCGGGUCACAUAUCCACCACACGUUUAUGAAGGCGGAAAGUGGGCUGUAUAAGAAAAUACUAAAGGAUGCUGUCAUCAUUAAGGCCUUCGGCGCUGAGCGCGAAUGGGCGAGAGAACAAAGGUUCGCGGCCAUCAUUCCCAUCACGAGCAUGAAAAAGGCCUUGAGUGACGACUACAGUAAGACCUCCAGCUGCUUUUACUAUAUAGCCAGGGAGCCAAUUGUGGGUGUUCCAUUUGCCUUGGCAUUUCCGAAGGGAAGCGACCUUGUCCAGCAUUUCAAUAAGUGGUUAGACGCCCAAAAAGAGUCUGGCAUUAUCGACCACAGCAUCAUUGGAGAAACGGCAAACGCAACAGCCUGUCUGGCGAACCCUGGGAAGGAAGGUACCAAAGGGUAUAUGCCAUUCUCAGUCAUGGAUUUGUCCGGCAUAUUUCUCAUCUUCGUUGUAGAUUCCCGUAUAUCAUUUUCUGGUAUGAUCUUAACUUCACAGUAUCGAGAUGGAAAAUUGUCUUUUUCCAAUCACAAGAUUCUUCAUUCUCUUCAGCCGCACCAAGCCAAAUAG